AUGUCCGUCACUCUGACAACAGAGGUCUCCUGGACUCUUGUCAAAUUUGAGAAGCUCGACUGGCCGAAAAAGGAGCCUCCGAUCGCAUGUCUUUCUUUCGGGCCGGGAGCCUCAAAUGCCUUGGAAUUCCCGCAGAAAUUGAGAGGCGUGAAUUGGGUGCAGUACCCUGGUGCUCCAUAUCUACAAUUGUGGCAUUCACCGCAAAAUGCAAAGGAAAGCAGCACCGAAUCCCCCGGCUUGACUUUUGUUACACCCUUCCCAACCCGGAUCACAUAUCCUGCUCUUGAUCUCAAUGUCAGCAUAUCCUUAAAACUCAAUGAACUGACGCUCACCUUCGUGCCCAAGUACACGCGGAUAAGGAGGAACUGGAAAGCCGACUCCGUCUGGGAAAGAACCGCAUCCCAGGUCCGUGUGGCAAACACCACUAGCUACGAUUUUUACGAGCACUUCACCCUCAGCAGGGGCGUGGACCUCGACAUCUUCCAGCUUCCAUUGCCGAUGGCCAUCCCGUGGAGGGUGACACACUAUUGCUCUUGCAAGAUCUGGAGCCAUAAGGAAUCUAGUGAAAGGGAUGUCUUGACAGAUAGUGUUGAUUCGAAAGCGACCAUGACAGAUAUUAUGCAAUGUUCCUACAUUAACCCUGUGGACGUGCCGUCCUUUGUUCUCUAA